AUGGGAUGGAAACCCGCCGUGGAAGGAGGAGUCCGGGCGGGCUGCUUUGUGUCCGCGGCGGAGGAGCCGACCGUUAGCCGUAGUGUUAAUGCGGGGUGUGGCCGAGGUGAUUCGGAGUCGGACGGACCUCGCAGCAGCAGCAGGCCGACAAAAGCGGAGGCUAGAGAUGGAUCAGCCACUGUGAGUGGAAGCGCCGGAGGAAGCGGCUGCGGUGGCGGCGGCCUUGUGCAGGUCUGUUCAUCCCGGGAAUGGUGUGAGCUGAGACGGGAAGGCAGUCUGGAUCUGACCGGGGACUCGUCGUUUCCCCGGAGCCUCCGCGGCUCCAAGCCGCGACCCGAGCCCUCCAAAAUGGGGAAGUGUGACGGCAGAUGCACGCUGUGGCGGCUCUCCAGAGGCAGGUGUUUGACUUUCUGGGCUACCAGUGGGCUCCCAUCCUGGCCAACUUCCUGCACAUUAUGGCCGUCAUCCUGGGGAUGUUUGGCACUGUGCAGUUGCGCUUCAAGUACCUCUAUUUUUUAUGCAGUAUGGCUGGUCCUGUGGGUUGGAUGGAACUCCUUCAUUAUUUGUUUCUACCUGGAAGUGGGAAACCUGUCGCAGGACAGGGACUUUCUCAUGACUUUCAACACGUCCCUCCAUCGUUCGUGGUGGAUGGAGCACGGCCCCGGCUGCCUCGUGACGCCAGUGCUGGACUCUCGGUUGGCCCCCGACGACCAUCACGUCAUCACGGUGUCGGGAUGUCUCCUCGACUACCAGUACAUCGAGGUGUUGAGUUCGGCCAUCCAGAUCCUUUUGGCUCUCUUCGGCUUCGUGUACGCCUGCUACGUGAGCAAAGUCUUCCAGGAUGACGAGGACAGCUUUGACUUUAUUGGUGGAUUCGACUCGUACGGCUACCAGCCACCCCAGAAGUCCUCUCAUCUGCAGCUACAGCCUCUUUACACGGCUGGUUAAGUGUCGGUAGCGCCCCCUUGAGGCCCAAGCCUGAAGUUGUCACUGUGGAUGGAAAGAAAGAAAGAAGCGGCAGGUCGCCCACCACCCCACCCCCGAUUACACUCACUCGUUUGUGUCGCAGUUUACCCGAGGAACGGACCUUAGACUCCGGAGAGGAGUGGCGGCGUGAGCAUGUUUGCGUGUGUCUGUGUGUUUUGUGUCAGAGGAAGGAAAACUGAAAUCAGCCCUGAAACGAACGUGACAGAGCUCAGACACGAACCAGCGGUUCCCGGUGCGGAGAGGAGCUGGAGGGAAUUCAGAGAAGAUUCACCCAAAACUGCCAGCUCUGAGCGCUUCCUCCCGAGUCGAAAUGUGUGUGUGUGUGUGUGUGUGUGUGUGUGUGUGUGUGUGUGUGUCUAUAUAUGCGUGUGAGUGAUACCACUGCCAGCUCCGCGCUGGUGCUUCGUGGUUGUCCUCUGGGCUCUACGGCCACUUUGCGCCUCUGUUUGUUUGAUUUCUGUGUGUGUGUGUGUGUGUGUGCGUGCGUGUGUGUGUGUGUGUGUGUGGAUGUUUUCGGAGGGGGCGGAGCCGCGCGAUAGACCGAGGCACAGCUCAUACCUGUUGUCGUUUUAGAGUGUGACGUUAAAGCUAGAGCAGUCCUGCAGAGUCCUCCUCCCAAAGCCGUCUUUCUUUCCUCCCAUGCUGCUGCAACUGCUGCACACCUCAGGCCCGUAGGAGAGGGCAUCGAAACCACAACUCCUUAAAGGAUCAGCCUCGCAUAAAUCAGUGUUUGUUCUGGUACAGAAUAACUAAACAAACAAGCAACCAGAGUGUUAAGUCUGUCGUGCAAUAAUCUCUCUCACACACACACACACACACACACACACACACACGCACUCCGUGUGACUGGUGUUAUUUUGGACUGUAUUGCAGCUGUUGGACAGUAAUCCGUCCAUGCGAUGUCCUGAUAAUAAAAGGUGCCAAUUUCUGUUUUUGUUUCCAGGAAUAUCUGUCGGGCAUGUGUUCAGAUCAGAUGGCUUUGGGAUGAGGCAUUAGUGUGUAUUUUUAUUUGAAUUUGAUGGGGUGGGAAGUAGUAGUGUGCAUGUAAAUAACCAGCCGAUGAUUGUUUUGUUGGUUCUAUUUACAGAAGGAAAAAAAGAAA